AUGUCUGCCAUGACAACCAACACUCCAGCCUCUGCUAUUCAACACCGAGAUAUUCGCUCUGGGACCAAGGCCUUCAAGCGUGAUAAAGAUCAGUUUCAGAAAUGGAGUAUGGGAGCUCGCCCACUCCCUGGUGUGAAAGAGGCUAUCAUAUAUUCGACUGAGGGUCUCAGCGAGGAACUUGAAGCUUCCAAGGGAAAGGAGAAGUAUAGACCUAAAAAGUUGCGGAGUCAAGUCCUCUCCAGUGGUGGUGCCGACCGUCAUCUACACGGCCACUCCAAUAUUACUCCUAAACCGUUCGGGUCCCCAUCCUACUACCAUGGUCCCGCCUCUACUUCUCGCAUUGCCCGCAGAGUCGAUGCUCAUAUUGAGGCUGCAGAAGACAACUCCCACCCUCUCUCCAAAUCUCUACUCGAUCUUCUCCCUACACAUUAUAAUAAUACCUCUCCGUCUAUCGCCACCGCCAUCUUGAAUCGUGGCGACGAAGGAGUUCUUUACUCGUUCGAUAGACGAGACACACCAGAUCAUAGAGUAGACUUGAGUGGUUUAGUAGACAUUGCGGAGCAGAAGUGGGUCAAUGAGCAAACCGAGAGGAUUGUUAGGGGCGAGUAUGAAGUAUUGGAUGCAGAAGGAGAAACCGUUCUUCAAAAGCAAAGAGGCAGAAAGAGUCCCAGAUCCAAGGCUCUCUCUCGUACUCGUGGGGACGCCAAGGCUAAGACCCAGGAUGUAGAGCCACUUGAGGAUGAUGGGUUUGAACUCAUCUAA